UGAGAGGCUGUUUGUUUCAUCUGUCUGACACCCGACACCCGGGAUCUUGGAGACCCACAUGCUAGCUUCUCUUUCUGUCCCCCCAUGGUGGACACUCUCUGUGGGAACAAGUCCUCUAUUUCUGUCUGGUCCCCGAGUUAUGCUGCCUUCAACUGGUCAGAUACUCAAGGACCAGUCGGUGGACUAAAGGAGCUUUUUGCUCCGGAUUUAUUUCAUGAUCAGGAGUUGGAGCGGCCAAAUGAGGUGACAGGAGACGCAGGGUUUUUGCAGAGAUUUGCCUAAAAUAAGGCUUAGAAUAUGGACUAUACACAUGGAUGGAGAACAACUGAUUUCAGGAUUUACUUUUUGAAAGAAGCAUUCUAAAAAUCCAUGAUGUUUCUGGGGUGACUGACUAAACAUCCCCACAUCCUUCAGCUCCCACAGCAGACACAGGCUAUAACUUUAAGGUCUGUGUUGGUGUGUAUGACUGAACAACUGAGGUCAGAUCGCCGUGUAAUCAAAACUCCAUCAUGACCUCAGUUGAGAAACGCCGCUCCAGCCGAAAGAGUGGCGGACGUCGAAAGCGUAGCAACGGAGGCUACAGUGAUACUUCCAGCACCGGGUCCUAUCAAGACGAGACCGACCGUGAGGUCAGCAGCCUGACUGACCGAGCGUUCAGGAGUCUGUGCAUUGGAGAUGAGGCCAUUUACAAUGACUCAGACCUCUGUUCAUCUCCACCCUGCAGCCACAGAGAAAAACAGCUGGCCCUGAACCAGAGUGGCCAGAACAGAGAGAGCAGAGAGAGGGAGGAGUUGAAGAGAGCUGCUCACGACAGCUUCAGCCUCAGAAUGCAGCAGUACGGACAGGAGUGGCUUCACGCAGGGAUGCACAGAGCUGAAGUUCACAGAGAUCCACACUGGGAGGGUUAUGGGGAAAUGAUGCAGGAGAGGCUUUCUGCUACAUUCCAGCGUUCACUCGUAGAAACCUCUCGGCACGAGCAGUCUCAUAGCAACGGAGUCGCCGAGUUAAGUUCACACCAUCGCACCAGUGGGUCUAGGAUUUCCUCUCUCAUCAGAACUUUUAACUCUGACCGACACACAGAUGGGGCGGGGCUGGGCGGUAGGUACGAAGAGACUGGUCAGGGCCCGAGCUGGGACAAAUCUGCCCUCAUGAGUAUCCAACGAGAACUCUGUGAAUUCACCAAUUCACACUCAGGAGACUUUAACGCUGAUUAUCUUCCGACCACCGGCCAACUCCCAUACCGAGACUCCAACUUCUAUCCUUCUGAGGUAGCAGCAGUGGCUCACAUGAACUCAGGUUUCCACAGCGCUUCCUACAGUAACUACAGCAUGUCCUCACAGAUCAACGGCAACUCACACGUCUUCAUACACAGCGAGUUUAGUCCGUUCAGGGUAUGGAGGAAUCACAACAGGUUUCCUUUCAAACAAGAACAGGUCUCAGGAUUCAUGCACACUUCUCACUUUCCCAAAUGGUACGAGACACCCAUGUACAAGGAGGUUUCGCAGGAGACCUAUCCACACAAUACUUGCAGGUUUAAAGACAGAGGUAUGGGAUAUCCCACAAAUAACAUGGUUCCACUUGGUCCUCCCUCUCCUCCACGCUCCACGUCCACAUCUACAGUGCUGCAGAAAGCACUGGCCGUGGAAAAACGCUGUGAGUCAGAGCAGAUGGGUCAUUACACCCACAGGAAGAGAACUCAGAGCCUCGGGACAAACAGGCUACCAUCUCAGCGCCCAUCGACUGCUUCACCAACGACAGAGAUGUCUCGAUACGUCGGGGAAACUAUUACCUCUGUGAAAAGCCUGCAGCAAAAACUUAAAGUCAGGAGAGAGCAGGAAGUAGAAACAGGAAUGGUAGGAAAUCAACACGGAGCACUUUGUAGCUCAGACGAUUCAAUUCCUCCUGGUAAUAAUACAGUAACGGUGGCACCGAACGUUAUCAGAAGUAAAACAGCCCCUCUGAAUGCAAAGUAUACAACACCACCGGCACAGUAUGCCCACCGAGGGGCGGAGGUGUCAGGGCUUGGAGAAGCUUCCACCUCCCCUCAACUCAUAGAACAUGCCCCUGUGCGAGCUGAAAGCCGGGGUGCUACUCCCGACGUUAGGAUGUCCAGUUACAGAUCUAGAGCCACGAGCUUUCUCUUCAACCUUAAAGACAACAGGAAAAGAGUAAAAAACACCUACAGCCCCACUCCAUUCAAAAACUAUGAGGUGCCGGAGAAACCCUGGCCAGUCCAGGAGCCACGUGACACCAUCACUGACCUCCCUGAUUAUACAGGACCAGACUUUCAGUCCACACAAAGAGAAGGCUCCGGCAGGGUACAUGCUGUCGCUAACCCAUAUGUGAACCAGUAUCAAAACCCAGAUCCAUCCAUGGCAUCACUCAAUUCUAAUCCCCAAGCAGUUCACAUGGCUCAAUUUUCCCAAUACGCUCCAAGGGACUACCAAAGGCCUCACAGACAGGGCGAGACUCGUUAUUCAUCUGUGUCUACUGGUCACGUGACUGAAAAUUUUACACCCAAUCGCCUGACAAAUGGACAGUGUCUUCAUGACGGCAGGUUAUCAUUCGCUGAGCGGAGUAUGACAGAUGAUGUAGAGGCUGUGAGAGAAGAUGUGCACGGGUUUAAAGCUUCUUACUCAGCUGCAGAAACUACGCAAAACACCUGCGUCGGCGUUGAACCAUAUUUCAAUGAAACAAUGGGAAGGAAUUUAACAAAUGUGAUGCGACCUCAGCAGCUCCAGGACACCUGUAAUCAAAACUAUGGUAGUGUGCUCUCACAGGAUAAAUGGAGACAGACGAGCAGCCAAGACACAGAAAAGCUCAAUGCUCAUUGGAAGAAAGAGAUCAGUGCUCCAUUAGACAAAGAACCUCAGACACAGGAUUACCAAAGCGCAGACACCAAAAGGGAAAGUCUUAAAUUACCUUUAAACAAAUACAAAGAACAAAAUCAUCCAGUUAUUAAUAAAGGAAUGGAUAAAAUGGACCUAAGGCAGAGUUCUGGAACUGGAACAUCUAUUCAUAAAAACAUCAGUUCAGUACAUCCCAACAUUUUAAAACAACAACCACAAUAUGCCGGAGAGGUCAGUAAUUAUUCUGUUGAAAAUGACAUGUUUUACAAACAGCAACCAGCAGAAACAACGGACAAAAAUGCCCCUAAAAAGUAUCUCAAAAACAUAAAUGGAGACAAAUCCAAAGAAGACAGUUUGACUCCACAACAGUUUACUGAGAAAAACCAACAUGCUAGCAACAACGAGAGAGAUAAAACAAGCAAGAGAAAACCAAAUGUUCCACUACCAGAUGGAUACCAAACACAAAGUCUCCAGCAAGUACAAACAACACCACAGCUCGACGGUAACAUGCUGAAGAGUCCAUUAUCUAAUCCUGACCCUGCAGCUGCCCCCACAGCAAAAACACAGGUGAAGCUCAAACAGCCUACUGAGGUCAAGGCUGAACAGGCCACAAGUGAACAUAUAAAAGCACCACACACCCAGGCGGAGCUGGCAGAAGCUCAACGCCAGGCUCAAGUGGAGCAACCCAAAGCCGAUUUGGCCAGGUUAAUUUUAGCAGGGCAGACUGUUUCAGAGGAAGUCAGUGCAGAAAAGGCCAGAGCAGAACUGAAGGAGUGUGAGACAGGAAGGACGGUUGAAGCAAAAACGGAGACAAAGGUGGUGGAACAGGCAGAAACGUUUAAAGAAAUGGGAUCAAAAGAUGCCAAAAAGCAACAGCUGGAGACAAAACCGGCACCAGUGCAAAAUAAAACAGAGAAGCCAAAGCAAGAGGGAGAAACACGGGUGAAAGAGGAGCAGGGCAAGCAGGUCAAAAGUGAUGAAACUGAAGCAGAUAUACAACAAAAAGGAAACAUUCAGACUCCACCAGUGAAGACAGAGCAGGCAAAACCACAGGCUGUACAGGAGGUGAGAGCAGAGGAAGGUAAAGGAAAGGUGAAAGAGCAGACAGAGACGAUACAAAUCCAAAUGGAACAGACUAAAGACAAACAGGCUGAAAGGCAGGAACAGAAGGAAGAACAAACUGAAGGAGAGCAAAUAAAACAGCAGAAAGCUGAAGCUGAACAGGAAAAAAAUAAGGCAGAUGAAGGGGCAAAGGUCAAAGAUGAUAUUAAAGUUGAGGAUGUUAGAAAAGAAAAGAAAUCCAAAAAAUAUGUCAAUCAAGCAGGUCACAUUAAUUCAGAACAAAAUGCACAUCAGGAAGCCAAAGAGGCAGUAGUAAAGAAGAAAGUCAAUUUAGAGCUAAUGAAAGAUGACCCAGCAAAAACAGAUCAAGCAGAAACAAGGGUAGCUAAAGUACAGCUAACCAGAGCUGAGUUGGAGAAACCUGAGUUGGAAAUAGCCAAAGUUAUAAAACCAGAUAUAGCAUUAGCAGACGUGACAAAACCAGAACUAGCUAAAUCAGAGACGCUAGCUAAAACAGAGACUGCACAAACUCAGCUCGUGAAACCAGAGGUGACUAAACUGGAGUCAGCGAAAUCAGAGUCAACCAAACCAGAGGUAGCAAAGCCAGUAUUAACACAACCAGACAUGUGCAAGUCAGAGCUAACCAAACCAGUGCAACCAAAAACAGACCCAACUAACAUGGAAAUGUUAAUUAAGACUGGAAAAGAACACUCUGGUCAGCAAAAGGUCAAAGGUGAACCAGACAAGGUCGAGCAGGUAAGAAUGGAAUUAGCCAAAGCUAAGGCAGAACUGGCCAAGAUUAAGGUGAAAAUGAGAGGAGAAGUAAAACAUCCUCUCAGUACAACGGGAGAAUACAUGAGCUGGGAUUAUGUGAACAACAAUGAGGAAUUGAAAAAACAUGAUCAGCCGACAGACAUUCAUCAAAACAGUGACUUCAGCAAAACUGAUGGAGAUCAAGUUGACAGAGGAGGAAGUGAUUAUGAAAAAAUAGUAGCGAAAUAUAGUUUUAAGGAAGUAUCCCAAAAUGAGGGUUCAAAUGAUGAGAAAACACCAGUUUCACCUCCGGCUGCAGCAGAGAGAGAACACCAGGACAGAACCAAAGACAAACAGAGUCCAAAAAGUGAACUUAGAACAAAAAAUGCAGAAAACAAGGAGGAAGUUAACAACUGUAACUGUGUCGAUGUGACAGAUGGUCACUAUGUUUACAGUGAGUCAUUAAAAGAAUUCACAUUAUCCACUACUAAUCAUUCACCCCAAAAUGUUGAGAACAAAGACGUUUGUAACGCCGCUGACAAAGAAGACAUUAUUGGAAACCGGCAAAAAUGUGACGCUGUGAAGGAGAAACAUAUUUCACAGCAAAGAAAUUCAGAUUUGAUUAAACCGCCUUCCAUUGACAGAAAGGCAAAAAAUACUGAGCACACCACAGUUCAGAGUAAAGAUCUUGGCUUCACUCCUCCCAAAGCACUGACCCAGAAAGAGAGAGCACAGACAAAACAAGAGAUCCUGACGUCCAAGAUAAAAGCUCAUGCGGAAAAGGAGAUUUCAGCAAUUAAAGAAAAAGGUUUAAGAGACGGAUUAAUGUCGAAAAAUUCAACCAAGCAAUUAGCAGGCGGUCAGAAUAUUAAUGUACGCCAGAGACCACCGUCACAGGAGGUGCCUAAGAAACAUGAAAGCACAGUGUCAGGAAAUACCACAACAAAGCCCCUAAUGGAGCCUGCAGAAAUACAAGGGGGACCAGUGAAGUCCUCAACACCAACCAGCUCCAACAAAAUACCAGUGAUGUCAACAGCAAUCGUUGAUCCGUCGGUAGACCAUUCACAGAAACAGGCUCACAAAGUAGCAGAGAAAAUCAAUGACACUCUACCAGAAUCACCUGGUACUGCAAAGGAGAAACAGAGCUGUACCAAACAAACAGAUGAGGGCCGCAACAAAUUAGAGAGGAAUCUUUUAGUUACAUCACCUCUACAAAAUCAAGAACAACCAACCAAGAACAGCAGAGCAAAACAGGAAAUAAAAGAUAGAACAAAGUCCAAAAAACAGAAAGAGGAACAUGAAGACAGUACGCCUACAAACAGUGACACCCUCAGCAAGAAGGAUGAAGGUCUGUCACAGGUCAAAGCUGGAAGUGAGAACGCUAGGACUACAGAAGAUCCUGAGCAUAAACAUGAAUCUGUUUUCGAGGCCUCAGCACCUUCUGUAAAUCUCGUCUUUCAAGAUCAGAGCAAGACAUCUGUUGUUGAUGACAGUUUGCAGAUAAUGGCCAUAAUGGUAACUGUGAGAGAAAGGAAACCUUCUGAGAACUACGACGUGGAGGCCAACAGUUCCAAAGAACAAAUGAAUAUAAACAAGAUAAAAGACCCCUCAGAUCGAGUGAGUAAAGUCAAUGAAUCAUCCAAUAAACUCACUGCAGCAGUCUCCAAGCACAGGACUGCAGACGAAAGGUGUGAGAGACAAAAGAAAAACCCAACUGAAAUGGUUUUGAAUGAUUCUCUGGAAAGUGAUUUAGAAAUUUUGAGCGAAAGAAAGGACAAUGCAUCAAAGGCUGAGAAUAUGAUUUCUCUAGAAGAAAGUACUGUAAAUUCAAGACAGAAAACAGAGACAGAGCGGCAAGAACACGUGGAUGAAAAAGCUGCAUCUUCAAUAAUUACUGCACCUGCUAAAAAUACAGCGCUGUCUGGAAUUCAACCUCGUCCCGAUAACAAAGACGUAAUGGACGGGGACACAAAAGUUUCCAUGAAUAAAAAGGCAGAAAACUCAGUCAAGAGUGUAAAGAAAGAAGAGACAAAAACAACAAAUACUAAAGAGAGUCUUACAGUCAAAGUUGAAAACACAGGCGCUGAUAUAAAACAGAACCCCAGCCAAUCUGAUCUGUUGAAACAUGAAAACAUGAUUAUGAACACACGUCCAUCCAACAGUGGGAAAGUGGAUUCCAGUAAUGCACCCCUGCUGGGUGAAAGGAGACAAAACACCCAAGCAUUAUCACCUCCAUGUGUGUCUCCAAAAAUACAGCUCAACCAAACACAAAAUGAGAAAAAUAAGGAAGUGGACGAUUUGCACAUCGACAGCAUUGCUAUAAGAGUUGUACCUGCAGCAGCUAAGAGGGACAAAGAAAACAUAUCAGAAAAACCUUGUGCUGCUGCCGUCCUUUCUGAUGUGGCUAAAGCCUCUGAACCUAAAGAAGUUGCUGCACAAAGUGAAAGACAGGUGGAGGUCACCAAAGAAGAAGAGUUAGGAGUACAGGAUGUGCUGUUAAGUGUGAAAAAGCUCUCUGCGUCAAUGAGAAACAGUAACCAACAAAACAACAGAAACGCCACUGGUGGAUUAGUUCAAGCUCAAACCGGAGAGUCCGUAAUGGUCGAGGAAACUGAGAAAUCUGUAGAUAAUUCAAAGUCAGAGCCUAUGGAGGGAGGGUACUUUCAAGUGCAAGGAGCAGAAGAAACAAGUGAUGAACUUCACAAGGGCAAAUAUGUGGAAGAAACAUUAGACAGUGUUUCAAAGGGAGGGGAACUUCCAGGAUCAAAACCAAACAAGGCUUCUCCCAGCAGUAAAUCGUACAAGGAAUUGCACAAUGAAGCCUAUGUCUUAGAUCCCAUUUUAAGGAAAACAUUGGAAUCAAGUGCAACAAAAGUUCAACAUGAAACCACAAAGAAGAACGAGUGUGAAACUGAGGGCACGUCGGCUUCCAAACAGUCUGAAUCUGUGUCUGAAAAACAGAGUAAUCAGAAAAAACUAGAAAAUCAAGGACAUCAGACGUCUAGCCAUUCAAGUUCAUCAGCCAGUGAAAAACAGAGUUUGAGUACGACAAAUCCAACAAGGGAAAAUUCAGUCAGCACAAAAUCUGAAGUUAAACCAAAACCAAGAGCAUCUACGAUACCAGAGAUAUCGGCUCUAGCUGACUAUGCUAGAUUAAAAGUUAUUGUUUCAGAAGAGCGAGAAAACCCUAUCCAGGAACUUCCACGUAACAAAAAGGAAGGAUUUUUUCCAUUAAUACACACAAGACAUAGCAGACGUCCAGUGUUUGAUACUGAACCAAAAGAAGUCCCUGUAAAGGAGCAGACUUCAAUACACAAGGCUGAGGCCAGUGCCAAAGUAAACAAAGAGCCCAAAGCUUUAGUCUUUCCCAUCACUGAAAAAGAACAUCAAAAAACUGGGAUGUUCAAACUGGGGGAUAAAGAAAGGCAGGAGAAAAUGCUGUCGGACACCCCAGGUGUUUCAGAGCUCGAAGCAAAACAUGGACAACGUGUCAAAGACAAAAUCAAGUCCCCAACCAGUCUUUUCAAGAACCAGGGCCAAAACGAACAGGUAGCUGCUAAUAAAGCUCCAAACCCUGCUUUGAAGACAACACUCACAUUGACUGCUGUCAAUAAACCAAAAAACACAUCAGCAUCACAACACCUUGUGUCACCUGUGAGCUUCAAUACGCAGGAAAAACAUGAGCGUUCCUUAAAAGAUGAAAGAAUGAACAAUCUGGAUCAGGACUCCCAUCAACAACCUACGUCAUUGCAGGAAAACCUUAGAGAAGGCAAGAGAGCAUCAAGACAGAACGAGGCAUUUGAAAAUAAACUAGCUAUGUCCAGGGAUGAGAGGAUAGAAAAGCAGAGAGAAGAAGUGGUCGCACAAGAGAAAGAAGAAACAGCAGUAAAAGAGUCGGAGAAAAAUGCAGCAUAUUAUAUCGAAUAUGAAAAACAAGCAGAAGACAUAAAGAAACGCAUCAUUGAGGAAAGUCGAGCUUCUCUUGCCGAAGAAGAAAGAAGAGCUGCUCAAAGGGAAGAGGAGAGAAGAGCGAAAGAGAGGGAAGCCAUAGCUCUGAAGAUCAAGGAGAGGAGAGAAAAACAAAAAGCAGAAAGAAGAGCAGAAGAAGAAGGAAAAGCCAAGCAGAUAAAAGAAAACAAAGCUGCUCCAAGACUGGAAGAGGCGACAGUUAAGCCAAGGCAAGAAGAAGCAAAAGUAAAGGAAAUUGAUCACAUAACAGAAGACAAAAAAACUGCACCUGAGCCACAGCGUAGGACAGCUGCAGAUGAGCACAGAAUGAGAACAGCACAGGAGGAACAGCCAAGGAAAAAACCACAAGUACAGCAGGAAAGGAGAGUUGCACUUCAGAAAGACAAUGUAGCAGCCUUAGAAAUGCAACAAAGUGGAACCACGCAGCAGCAAAGAAGAGCUGAGCAAACGGAACAGCAGAGGAGAGUUGAACUUGAAAAAGGAAAGCAGAGGAGAGCAGCUCAAGAGGAGCAGCAGAGGGGAGCAGCAGAGGAACAGCAGAGGAGAAUGGCUCAAGAGGAGCAGCAAAAACAAGCUAAAGAAAGAGAGCAGCAGAGGAGAGCAGCAGAGGAACAGCAAAGGAGAAUGGCUCAAGAGGAGCAGCAGAGGGGAGCAGCAGAGGAACAGCAGAGGAGAAUGGCUCAAGAGGAGCAGCAGAGGAGAACAGCAGAGGAACAGCAAAGGAGAAUGGCUCAAGAGGAGCAGCAGAGGAGAGCAGCAGAGGAACAGCAAAGGAGAAUGGCUCAAGAGGAGCAGCAGAGGAGAGCAGCAGAGGAGCAGCAAAGGAGAAUGGCUCAAGAGGAGCAGCAGAGGAGAGCAGCAGAGGAACAGCAAAGGAGAGCAGCUCAAGAGGAGCAGCACAGGAUUUUACAAGAAGUUCAGCAGAGGCGAGCAGCUAAAAAGGAGCAGCACAGUAGUGCUGUACAUGAACAGCAGAGGAGAGUGGCAGAGGAGAGAGCUGCAAUGGAGCGACAGCAAAUUGAAGUUGACGAACAAAAAACGAAAGGUGCACUGGUUGAAGAACAGAAAGUCCUCUCUGACAUCAGAGCUCUAGCAAAGGAGCAAACCAGAGAGGACGGAACCAUUCAACAUGACCCGGUGAGACAGAGAUGGACAUCUCAAAGAGGGGACGAGCUAAAAGCCAAAACCAGAGACAGUGAAAUGUUUCCUGCUCAGAGAGAAAAGGAGCAGAAGAUGGAGGAGCAGAGGAAGGCAGCACAGAUGAGAGAUGCUCUACAAUAUUAUGCCAUCAAUUCAACUGCAUCUGAGAGAAAAGUCAAAGAAAGACACCUGUUUUCCCCUUUGCCUUCCCAACCAAAAACCAACCCAUCGGUGCAAGAACCAGAUGAGGACUCAGGAGCCAACACCAGGACCUACAGGCCACAUGGCUCUACAUCUCCAGCUCCACCUCGAUCCAGCACCUCCUCUCCUGCUCUGGCAGUCAAACCAUCGAUGUUUAGAGUGAAGGAUAACACCAGCAGAGGUUCCUCUUUCACCAAGCCUGUCAAACCACGCUUCCAUAAGAACCUCGGGGAGGAAUUCCAAGUAGGUUCACCGGUCGAGAAGGCGUCAGAGAGAAUAGAAGAGGAGCAGGAGACACUGAGACAGGGGGCAGGAACUCCUGCCAAUUCUGAAACAAGGUUUAACAAACUUGCUGCUAUCAAAGAACUCUCUUCGUCUCGACCUACGUCCACAUCUCAGGAAUUGUCUGGUUAUCAACCACAGCACAGGCCUUUCUCCAGGAGGAGUAUGGCCAUGGAUGAGGACGAUUCACGAUCUGUCAUUAGCAACAUGUCUGAGGGUGUGGAGAGCUUCGCCACUAGUGCUGCAGACCUGGCUGACAUAAGGGGACUAUAUGAUUAUGAGAGACCAGAAUCAGCCUGUAGCUACAGCAGUGAUAUGUCCCGCUCGAUGGGAAAGCCUCCAACUGUUCCUCCAAAGAGCGAGAAAGCGCUAGAAAGGGCCAAAAGGUUGACGUCAAGAAGGAUAAAGAAGGAAUUGUCUAAAGCACCAGAUAAUAGCCAUGCUGGAGGUGGGACACCGCUGCAGGAGGUCUUGAACUCUCCUCCUUCAGCCUCAAAUGAGGUAGACUCCUCCAAACAGCAUGCUGUUGCUUACCCUCAUUUCUCCUCACCUAUCUCCCUUGCCAAAGCCCCACACAGCUCAUCUUCAUCAUUUGUAGAUCAACCAUCAUCUCGCCGCUCUGUCCAAGCUUCCCCACAUGCAACUGGUCCCAUUUCCAUUGCCUUACCCCAUGUGACUGCUGCUGGUACUGUACCUGUUGCCACAACCACUACUGUUGGUUCUGUCCCCAACAGUACUGUUCUUAAAACGGUACCACGUGUUUCCUCUUCUCCAACUGUGUAUCACACCAAUCAUCCAGGUCCAGUGACACAGUACCGCAUAGAGACAGGUUAUCCCCAGUCCUACCCACUGACCCAGCGCAAAGUACUGCAAGACCUUGGCUCUGGUCAGUACUAUGUAGUGGAUGUACCCAUUCAAGUAAAAACAAAGACUUUCUUUGAUCCAGAGACCGGAAAGUACGUUCAACUCAACGUGCGCGAGUCUGGACAGAGCACCACUCGAACCCAGCCACAGCAAACUUUCCCACAACCUCACCUUCAAACCCCGAUGCAAGUCAAGCCACAGCAAAACCAACCCCAGGCCACUACUACUGCCAAACCGUCCAUGCUUUACCACGGCUACCAUGGCUAUUCUCAAAGCUACCAACCAGCACUUAACUCUUUGUCCCCCUACAGGUCAUUGGGUUCUGGGGUUCCCCUCCAGAACCAACAGUCCAUAGGGGGGAACCACAGCUAUGGGUACCAAACCCAUGAAAUGAGAGGGAACUCUGAGGGGCAUCACCACAGCCCCGAGAAGACCCCAUACAUGGACACUGUUAAUGACAGCGAGAAGACGUAUAACAGGGUUUACAGCACACACGGCUCAUAUGAGGCGUUCCCAGAGUGUGACACAAACCGCCAGCUUGCAGGAAGCUCAGUGUGUGAAAAUGAAAACUCAGCCCACACACAAUAUCAGCCGCGUGAUAUAAUAACUAUGGGUGAACUGGAAGAUUUUAUGGAGGUGUCCGACUGGUGAGAACACAAACCAAAAGCUAUAACAUAAAAAAAAGACGUGUAAAUACUGUAAAGACAGCAGGAAAUGAAACACCAUUAAAGUAAUUAAGCUUCUGAGUGAAUGUUUUCAGCCCGUAGUUUUACACAGAGGGUUUUUGACAUGCUGUUAAUUUGCUGCUAACGUGUACGAUUUUUGUUGAGCUAUUUAUUAUGUUCACCAUUCCAUUUCAUGUUGAAUGUAAGAAGGUGUGAUAUGUUUCUUUGUGAGAUGGGUGUGAUCAUUAGCCCGGGAGAACGACAGCUGGAGAAUGUUUGUUUAAGACAAAAAAAAAAAAA